UCUCGCUGAUUAAUCCUUCGUCCUCUCCGUCUCCCUGCAUUGGUGGAUGGCUUUCCACCUUUUCAUGACAAACCAAUCGCCCUGCUUGCCUGAAAUCCGAACUUUCCGGCCUCAGCGGCCGGUUUUCCGGUGUGAAAUCACCGUGGAGACGUCCAGGCGCUCCUGCUUAUCGACCGCACCCAGUAGUUUCAAGCUACCCAUUACGAUUGCUCAGGAGCCGAGGAGUACUGUGCUGUCCGACAUGUGGAUGGAGAUCCAAGGGUCUGAUAACUGGAAGGGACUGCUCGACCCUUUGAACCCGAUACUCAAAAACGAGAUUAUCAAGUACGGCGAGUUCGUCAUGGCCUGUUACCACGCCUUCGACCUCGACCCCAGCUCCAAGAGGUACUGCAACUGCAAGUAUGGCCGGAAGCGGCUGCUGGAGGAGGUGGGGCUGGAGAACUCCGGGUACGAGAUCACCAAGUACAUCUACGCCACUCCCGACAUUAGCUUCCCCCUGCAAGAGACCUCCUGCUCGAGCAGGUGGAUCGGGUACGUCGCCGUCUCGACGCAGAAGGAGAUCGGGAAGCUGGGGAGAAGGGACAUCCUGAUCAGUUUCCGUGGAACCGUGACUCAGAGCGAGUGGCUUGCCAACUUCAUGAGUGCACUCACACCGGCGAGACUCGAUCCCCACGAUCCGAGGAUGGACGUGAAGGUUGAGCUGGGCUUCCUCAGCCUCUACACGUCCACAGAUAGCUCCUGCAAGUUCGGCCAUAAGAGUUGCAGAGACCAACUUCUUGGGGAGGUUUCUAGAAUCAUCAACAAGUACAAGGGAGAGGAAGUGAGCAUCACGGUGGCCGGCCAUAGCAUGGGCAGCUCCCUGGCCAUGUUACUGGCGUAUGAUAUAGCUGAGCUUGGACUGAACAAGAUUGGACAAGAUGAAGAGAUACCCAUCACUGUUUACUCAUUUGCUGGUCCAAGGGUGGGGAAUUCUGGGUUCAAGAAGAGGUGUGAGGAGCUAGGAGUGAAGGUCCUGAGGAUAGUCAAUGUAAAUGACCCGGUUACUAAGGUGCCGGGGGUUUUCUUGAAUGAAAACUUUAGGGUUUUAAAGGGAGUGUGGAGCCAUGCGUGCUAUGUUCAUGUGGGCGUAGAGCUUGCUCUGGACUUCUUCAAGAUGAGAAACCCUACGUGCGUUCAUGAUUUGGAGAGCUACCUUGGCUUGCUCAAGUGUCCCAAGAGAGUGGUGAAGAAGAGUGGACAUUUUUUCAGUAGAGCAGAUAGAUUUAAAUUGAGUAGAAGGAAGAGGCUUGAGGAUCGAAGCCUCCUCAUUGAAGCCAAUAAUAUUAUUCAUCAACUUGUAAUUGCUUACAAAGGAGUGCUUGAAGAUGACCUUUACAAAGGAGUGCCUGAAGAUGACCUUGUGGUGCAAAUACUUAAGAGAUUGUUUGACAGUAGAGACACUUUGGGAGUAUCCCAUAAACAUGCCUUAAUUGUGAGAUAG